AUGACUCGUCUGACAUUCGCUAUUGCUUCGAGCAUCCUGCUAGUGCAUGCUGUUCGCGGUGCUACCCUCAGCCUUUCCGGAAACGAGUGUCCGAACGGCUGGAGUACGGCCCAAACCCAAUUGAACAACCAAGACAAAGUCUACUGUUGCUACGGCUCGAUUACCGUUAAUAAUAACGAUGGCUACUGCUGCGUGCACGAUUCCGUCAUGCCAUUCGACGCGGGCAACGGUGGUGAUAUCAUCGGCGGCGACGUGAUGGACAGUUGCUUUCCUUUCUGCUCUACCAUGGCGAGCCACAUUCAGAAGAGGGUAUCCCUUUCUCAGCAGUGCAUUGAUAAGGUCCCCGUCACAGCAUCGGAUUAUUCGGAGCGCGUUUCGGCCGCAUCUAAAUCAGCGGCCGUAUCGCAGACCGCUAGCUCUCAGCCCAGUAGUAACAGCGCGUCAGCUACCGAGUUGGUUGGCGCAAGUGCCACGGCGGCAUCAAGCUCAGGCUCCGGAGGCAGCAGCAGCGGUCCUACUACCAGCCCUACCAAGAACGCGGCCCCAGUUACUACCCGCGGCGCUGUGUAUGUUGGUGGUAUUAUGGCUGCGGUAGUCAUGUUGAUUGUCUAA